AAUCAAGUCUACCCAAUAACCACUUACAAACGCGAGGCCAUAUGCACUUCUGAGCUUAUUAUAAAAUAAUAAAAACUCAGAGACUCUUUUCGCUUUUCAAGAGAUUGAUCGAUUAUCCAUGGACGUCAAGGAAGAGAAGCGGAUGGAGAAGACUAUCCCUGUGUUCACCGUACUGAAAAACGGAGAGAUUCUCUUGGUCCGCUUCGUGACCAACAGUCGCAACGAGGAAGAACAGAUUCUACAGGUCGGUCGACAUCCAUGCUGCGACAUUCCGCUGACGCAUCGUAGCAUUAGCAGUUACCACUUGGAGAUCCGAUCUCUUCCCUCUCGGCAGAAACUAUUCAUCACCGAUUUAUCCUCUCGGCAUGGGACGUGGGUUAGGGAUCAGAAAGUUGAGCCAGAUGCGUCUGUUGAGGUGAAGGAAGGUGAUGUCAUUAAAAUCGGUUGUUCAAAAAGGCAAUAUAGACUGAACUGGGUUCCCGUUAGCCUUGCAUAUGCCAAGGACCAUUUACUUUUGGAUAGAAUGAUUGAAGCACACAAUCAAGAGUCACAAGCGGUUACUGUGUCAGUUGAUGAUGAACAUCUGGAUGUGACUUCUCAAGGAAGUGGAUCAUCAAGUGAGGAUGAGGAUGAUACGUAUAGUAGGGACCUUUCAUUGCCGCCUCCACCCAGAGAUUCUGUAGCAAGAAACAACAUAUCAUCUAGGGGAAUUCCUUCUUCUUCUGCUAACUUUUCUCAAGGAGAUAACAAGAUGAAAUGGACCAUUGUGUUGGACACUUCUUCUCUCCUCGACAAGGAGUCUAGACAGCCACUGCACUUGCUGCGAGGUCUCAAAGGGACACAUCUGGUCAUACCUCGAACAGUGUUAAGGGAACUAAAUGAGACUAAGCGCACUUGGAGUCUUUUCUUUAGGCAAAGACCGGAGAUUGCUUCCUCAGCUCUGGAUUGGAUCCAAGAGUGUACAUUUGAUACCAAAUGGUGGAUUCAGCUCCAAAGCCUUUCAGAUGAAACCAAAACCACUCCUCAGUCCAAUGGCCCUACAUCAGAAGAUCUAGUUCUCGAAUGUGCACUUCUUUACCGAAACCGUAACAUCUCUGAAAAACUCGUUCUUCUUACCAAUGAUGUAACUCUCAAGAUCAAAGCUAUGGCAGAGGAUGUGAUUUGCGAGACACCGCAUGAGUUCUACGAGAGUCUGAAAAAUCCCUUGUCUGAGAGGUUUAUGUGGCCAGAGAGCUUGCCGAGAGGAAGGUCUUGGAGUCCUGUUCACGACAGCGUGGUGAGAGAAAGGUACACAAACCCAGGCAAGCAGAAGCCAACGUUCAAUGGAGAGAGUGGUGCAGCAACAACAGCAAAAGGCCUGAAGCUCAUUAUUGCUCCAUAACUCUCACGAUGGCCACGUUCGUUCAUUAUGCAUCAUCAGUACAUAUGGGGGGUUAAAUGGAAUACUUUUUUAGAAUAAUGACAUUUUUCAUAUUAUGACCGACUUUUUUUGAA